CUUGCACAUAUAUAUAACCCCAAAACCAUCAACAAUAACAACAAAUAAUCUCUUCAUUUCCAAAACCUUCAAACACAUCAAAUCCAAAAUAUUACUUACAAUUACAUCUUAAUUAAUUCCUACAAAAUAAACCUUUAAAAAGUCAACCAAAAAUCACCAAAAAAUUACCAAAAAAAAUGGAUCAUAAUGAAGAAAUAGAUGUACCAUCAUUUUUCAUUUGUCCAAUUUCAUUACAAAUAAUGAAAGAUCCAAUAACAGUUCCAACAGGAAUAACUUAUGAUCGUGAAAGUAUUGAAAAAUGGGUGUUUACUAACAAUAAUACAACUUGUCCUGUUACUAAACAACCUCUUAAUAUUGAUUCUUGUGAUUGUUUUCUUACACCUAAUCAUACUCUUAGGAGGCUUGCUCAAUCUUGGUGUACUCUUAAUGCUUCUUAUGGCGUUGAACGCUUUCCUACCCCGAAGCCCCCGGUUACGAAAACACAGGUGUUGAAGCUUAUUGAUGAUGCCUCCAACUCGUCGGCUCACCGCCUUGUUAACAAUCUUGACAAGCUCAAGUCUAUUGCUUUUGGAAGUAGUGCUAACAAGCGUUGCUUGGAGACUACCCCAGGUGUUGCCGAGUUCUUGGUGCGCCUGAUUGUGGUUAGUGAGUCGGAUGAAGAUAAUAAGUAUAGUACUUACAAUAGUGUGAGCGAUGAAGCUUUGAGGAUACUAUCUCAUCUUCAGAUAUCGGAUGAGAUGGUGUUAAAGAAAGUGUUGAAGGAGAAUGAUGGAUUGUUGGUUGAUUCAUUGGUGAGGAUCAUGCAAAAGAAUAGCUACGAGUCGAGAUCGUAUGCUAUAGGGCUUAUGAAGCAGCUAGUUCAAGUAGCCGAGCCAACGCAGUUAGUCGCAUUUAGUCGCAAACAUUUUGUACAAGUAGUCGAGUUGAUAAAAGAUGAUGUCUCCCCUAAGGCUACCAAGGCUGCGCUUAAAGUGUUGGCCUUGGCGUGCCCCUGGGGGAGGAACAGGAUUAGGGUUGUCGAGGCAGGGGCGGUCCCAGUAAUGAUCGAGUUUCUAUUGUUGUGUAAUGAGAGGAGGAAUAUUGAAAUGGUACUAGCAGUGUUGGACCAGCUCAGCGGGUGUGCUGAGGGAAGGGCAGAGUUGCUAGGCCAUGCUGCGGGUUUAGCUGUGGUGUCGAAGAAAAUCCUAAGAGUGUCUCAUUUUGCUACGGAGAGGGGGAUAAAGAUAUUGUACGCCAUUUCGAAAUUUUCGGGGACUCCGAGUGUGGUGCAGGAGAUGGUGCAACUAGGGGUGGUGACGAAGUUAUGCUUGGUAUUACAAGUUGAUUGUGAGGCAAAGACUAAGGAGAAGGCUAGAGAGAUCUUGAAGACGCAUGCCAAGGCUUGGAAGAACUCUCCUUGUGCUCCUUCUCAUGUCUUUGGAUCUUUGAAUUAGCUAAAUUAAAUUGUAGUUUAAUUUAGAUGUUAGAGUUAAAUCAUUAUUUGGUGUACAUAAAAGGAUCCAUUAUUGAACAUUAAAUUAAAUUUAGAUUUUAAUUUAA